AUGCUUCAAUAUGUGGUAUUGGAGCGUCCGGGGCUGGCAGCAGGGCAGCGGGAGGAGAACACCCUGAGCACCAUGGUCCAGCCAACUGCCUCCCUGGCCCACCUGUGCUCAGCCCCUGGGCAAGCUCACCAGCUCCGACAACUCGAACAAGGGCAAUGGGAGACAGCGACAGCAGUGACGAGGCAGCAAGGGUCGGCGAAGGCAACGCAGUCGGCAGCAGGGCCGGGCACAGAGUUUGCCUGGCAAGGGCAGAUGACGAGGGGGGAGGAGUCAGCCUACGCCGAGGCUCCCAAGAUCGAGAACCACCGGCAGCCAUGUUGUGCUAGUUUUGCGCUCGGCGGUGGCGCCAACCGAAAACUCUCCUCCACCGUCGCUCCCAGCCAGGAGGGUUCUUCGCUGCGGGACCUCGUAAGCCCGGGCGCCAUGGCAGCCGCUUUGGGAGGCGGCGCAGAUGAUGACUUCGAUCAAUUUGAUAAGCCUGGUGCAGAAAGAUCUUGGAGGAGGAGAGCUGGAGAUGAUGACUGGGACAGUGAACUGGAUGAUGACUUGCUAGGAGAAGAUUUACUGACUGGGAAAAAGACUCAGUCAGAUAUGUCAGAUGAAGAACUGAAUGAUGAUCUUCUGCAGAGCGAUAAUGAAGAGGAUCAACAUUUCAGUGCCCAGGAUGUUGCUGUUAGUCUUAAUGCUACAUCUGGCAUGGUUACAUCCUUUGAGCUCUCGGAGGGAGGGAACGAUCCAUCCACCGAACAAGAUUCAGAAUACGAACAAGGGGAAGACGAGCUGGCUUAUGACAAAUCGGAUGUUCCCGAAGAAUACGUGGAAGAGUACACAGAAGAGGGGCAAUACGGAGGCCCAGAGGCCGAACUAGCAGAAGACCAAAUAGAAUAUGGUGAAGACCAGGGAGAAGAAGGGAUUUAUAAUGACGAAGUGCUAGAUCUUGAAAUCAAUGAACCGCUAGAUGAAUUUCCAGAUGAAGAUUAUAUGCAGUCCUAUGGUGAGCAGGAAGCAAUGGAAGAGCAAGAAGAAUACGUAGCUGAAGAAGAAUUAGAACAAGUUGCUGACAGCCAGACUCCUCCAAAUGAACCGGAAGAGGCUGUUAUAGAAAAUCUGGAACUUCCAGAGGAAUCUAAAGAAGAGUCUGAUGAAGAAGAAGAUGAUGAUGAAGAGUCUGGUCGAUUACGCUUCAAAACUGAACGGAAAGAAGGAACAAUCAUUAGGUUAUCAGAUGUCACAAGAGAACGGAGAAACAUUCCAGAAACCUUGGAACUUUCCGCAGAAGCCAAAGCAGCAUUAUUUGAAUUCGAAGAGAGGGAACGGCAGCUCAAACAGGGGCGCUACGGCUCAAGAAGAGGAGGAAGGCGAGGAGGGCCUUUAAUGUGUCGUGGAAUGGGAGAACAAAGGAGAGACCAUGAACGGGGCAGGCUGAAGGACCACCGGCCGGCGCUGCUGGCAACCCAAACAACUGUUACGUCCCACUCACAAAGGAUGUUUCCGCAUCAGCAGCCCAUUAGGAACCUGUUCCAGCAGCAGCAGCAGCAGCCGCCACCAUUGCAGGGCCUGCUGCCGAUUCCCCCUCAGCAUCACACGCCCCCACCUCCCCCUCAAGGGAUCCAUAUGCCACCGCAGCUAGAAACACCAAGGAUACUGAUGACUCCUCCUCCAGUGACCUCUCAGCAGCCAAAGAACAUACAUAUUAACCCACACUUCAAAGGGAAUGUAGUAACUCCUGUACAAGUGCCCUUGCUGCCAGUCCCAACCCAGCCAAGACCUGCCGUCGGACCCCAGAGAUUUCCCGGACCUCCUGAUUUCCAGCAGAACCCUCCUGGACCAGUUCCUACCAACUUCAGUCAAGCCCCCAGACUCCCCCUCCAGGACCAGUGGCGAGGGCCGCCACCGCCACCCCCACCGCUGCCACCCCCGCCCCCACAGGACAGAGAGCCUUUCUUCAUGGGAGAUCCAAGGUUUCCCAGCCACCACUUAUUUGAGCAACGGAGUCCUCCUCCGCCACCGCCUCUUCUGAACAGCAGCCAUCCUGUUCCCGGCCAGAACCCGCUCCCUUUCAGUCAGCCCGGACCAGGCUUCAGUCAACAAGGGCAGCAGCCCGUCUUCCCCAGGGAGAGGCUGGUCCGGCCAAACAUUCAGCCGCAAGGCCCCGUGGGAGUUCUCCACUUCAACCAGCCGGGAGCCGGAAAUGCGCGGCCGUUCCUUCCCCCCCGGCAGCCGUACCUGCAGGCCCCCGGGCAGCCCUUCAUGACAACUCACACGCAGCCCAACAUUCAGGGACCCUUGCACCCUCCUCUGCAACCGCAGCAUCAGCAUCAGCAACACCCACAGCCACAGCAGCAUCCGCAGCAUCCGCAGCCGCACCACCAGCAGCAUCAGCACCAGCAGCAGCACCACCUCCUGGCUGUGCCUCCCCAGCCUCUGAUUCCUGUGGCCCCGUCCCAGUUCAGGCCUCACAUGCAGACUUCACAGCAGCAGCCAAGCAACAGUCGGAUGCAGUGUCAGCAGAGGCAGGGGCUGAUAAAGCCCAGACAUAAUGCCCCGACACAGAAUAUCGCCAAGCGUCCGAACCAGCAACUCCAGUCGGGCGCUCCGAGGAACAGCAACUUGCGCGAACUGCCGAUAGCACCGCUGCAUGCAAUGGAGGCUGCGAACAACCGCCGGACCUCGACACCCGCGGCUCAAGUGAAACCCAUCGCCUCUGCUGCUCCUGCCGCGAGGCCUGCCGUGGGUCCCAAGGCCCAGCAGGGAAGGCCAGAGACGAAACCCCAAGUUGCUACCCCAGUGGUCCAACCGAAAGUGGAGGUCAAGUCGGAGCCAGAGUUUCCAGAUGAAGAUGAAGAAACCAGGCUCUACCGCCUGAAGAUAGAAGAGCAGAAGCGGCUGAGAGAAGAGAUCCUGAAACAGAAGGAGCUCCGGCGGCAGCUUCAGGCCGGGGCCCGAAAGAGAGAACUGCUCGAAAGGCUAGCCCAGCAGCAGCAGCAGCAGCAACAGUUGUCGUUGUCGUCGUCUUCUACCCAGCAGCAGCAGCAGCAGCAAGAGGAGGAGGCGGCUUCACAGCUGCUGCCCACCAACGGAAACCCUUUGCUCCCCCUUCCCGGUGCUCAGCCCCGCCAAAAUGUGAAACACAGGCUGAUGGUUAAAAAGCAGGACCCGCUCGUUCCGAAUCCCCCCUCCACUCAGCCCAAGCCCACACACGUUCUCCAGACUGGGGAUAGCGUGCCGUUCCAAGGACAGCCGAUCAAAACUGUAAAGCAGCUCAGACAGACUAGGGCAGUGCCCGAGAACGAGCUCCAGCUGUCGCACAAAGGGCUGCAGACAAAGCCUGCUUCGGCACACAUGAACCCGUCUCCGAUUGCCCGGGUGGCGUCGGUACAAGGCCAACCUCAGGAACUGAAGCCUGGGGUGAAAAGGACUGUCAUGCAGCGGGCAAACAGUGGUAGUGGAGAUGGGCCCCAUGUCGGCACCAAAGUCAGGGUGAUUAAGUUGUCAGGAGGGGGUGGCGAGAACGUUGGCCUUUCUCACCCAGAGGGGCCUCCCCACCGGCUCCAGCAACCAGCAGAGCAGAGACAUCAGCCGGUGCGGAAAGUCACGUUGACGAAGGGGACAGUCCAGCAACCGCAUCAGCACCAGCCCCAUCAUCCGCACCAGCUGGCACAGAUUCACUCAGCCAUUCCUCAGGGGCUGAAGAACAUCCAGGGGAUUCAUCCAGCUAAAAAGGUCAUCAUGCACGGGAGAGGCAGAGGCAUGGCGGGCCAGAUGGGCCGAGGCCGCUUGAUGCCGAACAAACAGAACCUGCGCGUGGUGGAGUGCCGGCCGCAGCCCUGCGUCGUGUCAGUUGAAGGGCUUUCUUCGUCAACUACCGAUGUCCAACUGAAAAACCUGCUGAUGUCGGUAGGACCCAUUCAG